AUGGCGCAAACGCCGGCCGCCGCGCAGGCAAAGCGCAAGCGGAAGCUCCAGGACGCCUUAGAGGAGGCUCGAGAGAAACUGCCCCUGGAGGACGAUGAGCUGCUGGCGAGGCUGGUGGUGCAGCAGCGCGGGACGCUGCAGGAGCAGCGCCGGCAGCUGAAUUUGCUGCGGCGGCAGCAGCAGCAGCAGCAGCAGCAAGCAGCAGAAGCAGCAGCAGUUGCUGCUGCUGUUGCGGAUGCCUGGGCGACUCUCAACGCUAACGUGCUGCUGCUGCUGGGUCAGCAGCAGCAGCAGCAGCAGCACGAGGACGUCUUGCUGCAGAGGAGUUUACAGGCGUUGCUGCAGCGGCCAGGUUUAUGCCUCUUUGACGGCAGCACCCCGCAGCAGAGCAGCAGCAGCAACAAGAGCAGCAGCAGCAGCAGCAAUGGGGAUAUCAAGAAGAGCAGCAGCAGCAGCAGCAGCAGCAACGGAGACGUCAAGAAGAGCAGCAGCAGCAGCAGCAGCAAUGCGGAGGAAGUAAGCUCAGAUGAAGAGGAUGCUCUCUCUGCUUUGCUGCGGCGGUUGCCAGCGUGCAGCGGCAGCAGCAGCAACAGCAGCUUACCCAACGGCACCAGCAGCAGCAGCAGCAGCAGCAGCGGAGCAGCAAAUGAGCUGCAGCAGCUCAAGCAGCGGCUGAAGACCUGCGGCGAUUGGUCUUCAGGGUUAGUGCAGCAGCUGCUGCUGCUGCUGCUGCGACCGAAAGGGCCGCCUGCUGCAGCAGCAAAUCCCCCUUGCAAAGAAGAGCUGCAGCAAGAUACAGCAGCAGCAGCAGCUGCUGCUCCUGCUGCUAGUGAUGCAGGUCGUCAGCCGCUGCUGGAGCAGCUGCAGCUGAUUAGCUGCUCCGCUGCUGCUGCUGCUGCUGCUGCUGCUGCCGCCGCCGCCGCCGCCGCCACUGCGGCCGCUGCUGCUGCUGCUGCUGCUGCUGCUGCUGGCCCUGCUGCUGCGGACGAGACAGCUGCUGCUGGCGAGGGCAAGAUAGACAACGGCUGCAAGCCAGAAGCAGCAGCAGCAGCAGCAGAAGCCGCAGCGCCCCCCGCUUUGUCUGCCGCUGCAAAGCCAGAAGCAGCAGCAGCAGCAGCAGCAGCAGCAGGAGUGUGCCCCAAAUGCCUCGCGCUGCAGGCCGCUCUGGGGCGCCUGCGGCUGCGCCUGGGGCGCUGGCGGGCGCGGGCUCGUGUUGCAGAGCAGCAGCAGCAGCAAACAGCAGCAGCAGCAGCAGCAGCAGACUUGGAGGUUUCGCGGCUGAAGAAGCAGCAGGUAAUGCUGCGAGCAGCAGCAGCAGCUCCCGCUGCUGCUGCGCUGCUGGCAGCAGCAAUCCGAGGCGACGAGGUAUCCGACGAAGCAGAGCCAACAGACGCAGCAGUAAGCCUGCAGCAGCAGCAGCAGCAGCAGCAGCAAGCAGCAGCAGCAGCAGACGCUGCAGCAGCAGCGGCAACAGCAGCAGCGAAGGGAUCCCCACCAGCAGCAACUCCUAAGGCCACAGAAGGCGCGAGGAGCGAGCAGCAGCAGCAGCAGCAACAGCAGCAGGAAGUUUCGAGCGACGACGAGUCUGCUGCUGCUGCUGCAGUGCUGCGAGUGCAGCUGCAGCAAAAGGAGCAGCAGCUGCAGGAGCUGCUGGAGGAGCAGCAGCAGCUCAGAAGAGCAGCAGACGAAGCAGCAGCAAUGCCAACUCUGAAGCGAAUGCAAAUCAUGAGGAGCCCCCCUUUCAUAGAGCUGCAGCAGCUCUGUUCGCAGAGAGACGCGCAACUCGCGGCGAGGUCUGCGGAAGUGGAAGAGCUGCGUCGAGAGCUUCUCGAGGAGCAGACGAAGGCCGACACUGCAUUUGAGGAGUUGGCACGGAAACAGAGCGAGGCGCGGCAGCAGCUGUCUGAGAAGGUCUGCAGCCUCUUGGAGGAAAUAGAGAAUUUGAAAGCAGCAAAAGAAGCAGCAGCACAAGAAGUCGUGUCUCUUAAGGGGCAGCUAGAAGCAGCAAAGGUGCUGCAGCAGCAGUAUGAAGCAGCAGCAUCGCAGCGGGCGCUGCAGCAAAUGCAAACGAAGCUGCAGUUCGACCAGCUCAAGAACGCCAGCAGCCAAGUGCUCCUGCGGAACGAACGGCUGAAGAUAGAGAAGCAAAGAAUGAUAGAGGCUCUCAAGCUCUCCGAAAUGAACUGCUUGCGGCUGAAGAAUGCCAUGCGUGAAGCAGCAGAUGCAGCAGCAGCAGCAGCAGACAAAGCAGCAGCAGCAGACAAAUCGGCAGCAGCAGAGAAAGCAGCAGCAGCAGCGGCAUCAGGAGAUUCGCCCCCAGCAGCAGCAGCAGCAGCACCAGCAGCAGCAGCAACAGCAGCAGCAAAAGAUGAUGCUGGGGAUAAUGGCAGCGGCGAGUCUUUGCUGCGGAUUGAGAUGCAAGCGAUGCAGCGAAGACUCAACGAGCAGCAGGCGCUCGAAGCAGAAGUGGCGGAGCUCCGACAGCAAUACUCCCACGUGACCGAAGAGCUGGAAGAGGUCUCAAAGGCCUUUGAGGAGCGGCAGACGCAUUGUGAAAAUCUGCUGAGGCAGCUAAGAGAGAGGGACGAGGCGGUGCUGCAGCAGAAGGCAGCAGCAGAAGCAGCGCAGCAGCAGCAGCAGCUGCUGCUGCGCAUUGGCCGGCUGCAGGAGCAAAAGCUGCAGCUGGAGAAGCAGCAAAUGGAGCAGCUGACGGCGAAGACGAGGGCCUUCUCAGACGCGCUGCAGCAGGCGCAGCACAGAGCUGUCCGCGAGGUCUUGGCAGCCGCUGAGGAUCCUUCUUUGGCGAUUAACAACUUGCUGCAAGAAGAAAAUGAGACAAUGCGAAGACGGCUUCUUUGCGGGGUUUGCAAUGAGCGUUUUAAAGAUCACGUGCUGGUCAAGUGUGGCCACAUGUUUUGCCAGGAUACUGUGACGCCUCAUGUCCAGCCUGCUGAAGGUGGCCCAGGGCCCCGCCCCUCUAAUGCUCACGCCCUUACGGCGGCUGCAGCUGCUGCGUGUGGCUUUGCGGCAGCAGCAGCAGCAGCAGCAGCAGCUGCAGCAGCAGCAGCUGCAGCAGCAGCAGCAGCAGCAGCGGUGGCAGCUGGGCCUUCCUGGGUGCCCCCCGAAGCAGCAGCACGAGCAGCAAAUUGCCUCAAAGAGAACUCUAGCUGUCGAAGCGCGCACUUGGCUUCCUAG